AUGACGGGGUGGGGUGUGGCCUUGGUGGUGUGGGCGGUGCUGGUGGCGGCGCACGGCCAGUCGUGCGUCCCAUUCGACGGCGCGCCACUCACGCAACACAAGUGCGACGCCGUGGUGACCUGGCCCAACGUGCUCCUCCUCCCCGGCCAGUCCUAUGACGACGCCGACAGGGCGGCGAGCGAGCUGACCAAGCUGUUCGGCGUCUACGUGCCGCCGGCGUGCCGCAAUGCCGCCCUGCGCCUGGUGUGCAUGGGCAACUUCGUCUCGAGCGUGUGCGAGGAGACUGUGGCCGAGUGCGGCGCGUUCCUGGCCGCCGCAGGCCUCGAGUCCAAGGCGCCCGACUGCAACGCCACCAACCCGCUCACCGGCGGCCCUCUCUACCCCGCCACCAACUGCAACAACGCCUCCGCCGACGUCUCGGUGGCGUACUCGCAGGCGGACUGUCCGUAUCCGACAGAGUUCACGACCGACGGGGCCGACCCCAACGACCCGUCGACGCUGUGCGUGCUGACGUGUCCGUCGACCAUGUUCACGUCGGAGGACUGGGACACGGCCAACGGUCUCAUGAUCACCUUCUCCGCACUGUCGUUCAUCCUGGCGCUGUUCAUGUGCAUCACGUGGGUGCUCAACCCGCGCAAGCGCAAGUUCCCGGCCUUCGUGCCCUUCUGGCUUGCCCUGUGCUCGUUCAUGAACGCCGGCUCCAUUCUCCUCUCCAUCCUGAUUGGCGGGCCGAGGAAGUUGACGUGUACGUGGGACGACCCUUCCGUGAUGAUGACGUGGGACAACGCCGGCGACAACGACGGACAGGGCGUUGUCUGCAUCCUCCAAGCGAUGAUUCUGGUGUUCUUCGCAGUGGCGGGGAGCUUCUGGUGGCUCACGCUCACCUUCAACAUCUUCGAGCUGCUCGUGCUCGGCAUGAAGAGGGAGCUGGUGAAAAAGAUCUACUACUUCCAACACAUCCUCAACUGGGGCGUUCCCACCGUGUGCGUCAUCAUCGGCCUGGCGGGUCGGGCAUUUGGCGGAGUGACGGCCAAUCACAACUGCUGGAUGGCGUCUCCCUACGACUGGGCCGCCUUCUAUAGCUGGGUUCUGCUCAACCUGUUGAUCGGAACGAUCUUGGUCGGCAUCAGUUUGGUCAAGAUCAUCAGGGUGAAGGCCAAGUUCAAGCAAUCAUCGAUCAAGACGGAGCAGAUUAUCCGAUUGGGCUUCCUGGUGGUGCUCUACUGGGCCGUCUAUCUCUACUUCUGCAUCUAUAGGCUGGUCAACGAAACGAGACAGGACGACUACAAAGAAGCCUUCGCCAGCCAGAUUCAGUGCAGCGCACUCUCAGGUGAAGAGUGUCCGUUUUCAGGUGGAAUGAACCGCGGGAUGUGGCUCAUCCAAGCCAUGGCCGUGGGCAGCCACGGCAUCAUCAUCUUCAUGGUCCUUGCAUUCACCAAGGAAACAUUCUGGUUCUGGGUCGACUUGAUACAGAACUGGCGAACUCCUAUGCUGGUGUUGGACGGUAGCGUUUCACGAACACAGACGAACAGCACAGCUCAAUCCACUUCACGCAAGUCUGCAGAGUCUGCAGAGGACAGCAUCAUGUAG